CUAAAAAACCUACCGAUUAACAGUUUAUCGAUAACUUCACCAUUUUUUCUCGGCCACUUCUGCUGCCAAACCACAGACGGAGUAAUAAAUUCUGAGCAGCUCUGGUUCUUUCCUCUCAGACUGACCGAGAAAUCAUGUCCUCUCCGUUCUCUGCCGCCGCUGCUUCGGCAAACCUCACAAACGCAGACACAAAUCCCCUCACAGAAACCGUCUCGUCGGCGCCUCGGAAAUCCAGCGAUUCGUUGACUGCAGAUCUGGAUCCCGACGCGAAAUCUAUCGGAACGAUCGAUGAGUCCGGGGUUCCUCAUCAUCGGCGCUCAGCAAGCGUUGCAUCGACCGUCUUUGACAAUGAAGAAAGAAGUGCCUUUCUACGACCUAUCGAUACUGCCAUGACUGAUCCUAAUGGUCCCGCGACCCCCUCUUUCUUCCUCACCCGGUUCUUCAAAAAAGUCUCGGCGAAGGAGUACAAAAGACUGUUUAGAAUGUCACUUCCUGUUAUCUUUUCAUACAUGCUCCAGAAUUCACUGCAGACUGUUUCCAUUUUGAUUGUUGGCCGCCUCGGAGCUUUUGAGCUCGCCACUUCGGCGUUCAGCUUUAUGUUUGCUAUGAGUACCGGAUGGCUGAUUCAGCUGGGUGGAACUACCGCUAUCGACACACUUGGCUCUGCAACAUAUACCGCGAGUGAAGAUCCUUAUGAACUAGGAAUAUUGCUUCAGCGAGGUUUCUUUGUGUUUGGAACUCUUUACAUUCCUGUAAUUGGUGUCUGGAUCUUUGCCGAGCCUAUCCUCAUGCUUCUCGGACAAACUCCCGAGCUCUCCAAAGCUGCUGCAGAGUUCCUACAGUGCCUGAUUCCAGGAGGUCUCGGCUUCAUCUACUUUGAAGCUCUCAAGAAGUACAUGCAAGUCCAGGGAUUGAUGGAAGCCAGCUCGUAUGUCUUACUCGUCACCUCGCCCUUAAACGGUCUCCUGAACUAUCUCUUCAUCCACCCUCUCGGCUUUGGUCUGAACGGCGCAGCUCUCGCCACAGGCUGCACCUACUGGCUCUCGUUCUGGGGCCUUGCUCUCUACGCCAAGUUCUCCCGUGGCAAGGAUGCCUGGGGCGGGUUUUCCAUGCGCGCGUUUUCAAACCUGGGCAUCUUUUACAAGCUCAGUGUUCUCGGUAUAAUCAUGGUCGGAACCGAGUGGUGGGCCUUCGAGAUCGUCGCGCUCGUCGCCGGACGGCUGGGCGAUAUCGCGCUGGCUGCCCAGAGCUGCGUCAUGACUUCCGACCAAGUCACGUUCACUAUCCCGUUUGGCAUCGGUGUCGCCGUCUCCACGCGCGUCGGCAACCUACUAGGAGAGAAACGGUCGCGUGCUGCCAGACGUGCGGCUUACACUGGAGCGCUGCUAGCUGCGUCAGUCGGCUUCGUCGUGAUGUUCAUCAUGCUGCUCGCCAGGAACUACUACGGCAAACUCUUCAGCGACGACAUCAACGUGAUCAAAGCCACCGCCGCCGUCGUCCCCUUCGUCGCCCUCUUCCAAGUCGCAGACGGCAUCAACGCGUCCUGCUCCGGCUCUCUUCGCGGCAUGGGCCGUCAGCACAUCGGUGCCUUCAUCAACUCGGCCGCGUAUUACGUCCUCGCGCUGCCGCUCGGCAUCUCGCUUGCGUUCCACGGCAGCGGACUUCCCGGCCUGUGGAUCGGACAGUGCGUGGCGCUGUACAUUGCCGGCACGCUCGAGUUCUCGGUCGUCAUGACCACGAACUGGACGAAGGAGGUCGACAACGCCUUGGCCCGCUUGGACGAGGCUCCAGAAGCUUCUGACUCUGAGGACGAUGAGCCUGAUGAGUACAUGAGUACUCACUCCGUUGAGGCCCGUGAGGCCGUCUAGGCCAUCUUUUUGGAAAUUUGAUUAUUGAGACGACUUUUUGUGUUACAGUCUCAGUAUAUAUUUGCCCUGUAUUAUAUUUGGAAUCUAGA